GAGCAUUAUGUUGCAUGUUGCACUGCGUCCGCUCCCCUCCCUCGAACGACAGCUUGCCUCGUUCCUAUUGUGCGCCAGGUCUCGCAGAACAGCCAUGUCGACGCGGGCACCGCCGCUGGCCACUGACCGCUAACCGCCGACAGCCGACCAGCGAGAGACGAUGCAUCCGGGCUUCCUGGCGGCCGAUGCUCUCCUCCGUGAGCUGGUAGGCCGCCGGGUGGUGAUGGCGACGAACAUCUCCUUUAGGAAUGAAGUCGACACCGGCAGCGCAGGAAGAGCACGAUCGAAAAAGUGGGAGAGGUGCAGGGUCCGAGCACGCCUUCGUCGCGCGGUGAUUGGCUCACAGCGGAGCGACACAGCGUGCGAGGGCAUACCUAAGCUUGAGACACGACACCACGUCUGGAAGUUGUAGCACGUCGUCGUUGUUGGAUACAGGAAAAAAACCUUCCAUCACCCUCGGCAGCCCGCCAUCUACUGCCAGCUGCCCUGCCCUGCCCUGCUCAGCCCAGCCCAGCGCCAUCCAGAGUCGGCAACCACCAGCGGAGCCGCUCCACCUCUACGCAGCACCAUCAUGGGCAAACGCGGCUUCGCAGAAGCAAUGGUGGCGUCGACAGGGUAUCAGAACUACAAAGACCGUUUCGGCACGCGACAGCGAGGCAAUGAUUGCCUAGAGAGCCCUCCGACAGCACACUGGAGAUGCAACCUGACGGCCUUCAGUCAGAAGCAGAAUCUGUACUUCGUCGCCUACGGCUCCGACAUCUAUGUCUAUGUGCCACAGUACCCUACGCAGGCACUCCCGCACGCACCUGCACUGAUUGUUCCAUCGCAGCCCUCACGCCCUGGCCUUCGAGGGACACUCGAUCCGCGCCACCCACAUUACAUCAACGUUAUCGUUGUGGAACGACUGGGCAAUGAAGAGGUCGUUGCCGCUGUGAGAGAUGACGGAGAUGUUUCAGUCUGGCUCGUUCGACACGUCAUGCAUGCAGUGGCAAGGCGAGCGGAAGUGGGCAGCAGUCUGAGUCCUGUAGCAGAAGAAGUCAAGGCCAUCUUCCAAGCUAAUGUAGGUCAGUCGGCCUGGGGUCUGGCAAUUCAUGCGGAAGCCCGAUUGAUCGCCGUGAGUGCCAAUACGCACCGGAUCUCGCUCUUCAGGUUCGGCUUGGCUCGAGAGUCAAAAACUAACAGAGAAGUCACUUCGAACGAUGAUGCAGCUUCAUCAACAUGCCAAGAUCGAACCGUGGAUGUCACACUCGAAGUCUUCAAUGGUUCGUCCAACAUCCCCCAUGUCGCUUUUUGCAAUACGGGCGACGACCCUCAGGGUCGGUGGUUAUUGACCACGGACAUUGGUGGUAAUUGUCGAGCCAUCGACCUGGAUGUUAUGCAAACGUAUCAAACGUUUCGCUUCGCCCCCGUGUCGAACUACUUGGAGUCGCACGAUCGUUUCAACGCAGGCUGGGGUAUCUUCUUUCUCGACAGGAGGUCCUUCAUACCGGAAGACAGCAUGAACGCCGCUCUUGGCCUAGAAAAAGGUGAACGAUUGCCAGGUGAACAAGUGCCAGGUUUAUAUGGCAACCCGCCAUUUUGGGACAUCUCGGCCACGGUGUCCCAUGUUCCACGCUGUGCGGCCAAGUUCUCCGCGAGCAGGCGGUGUGGCCGGCGUAGUCGUGAGAGGCGUUCCACGUCCAUCGCCAGUGCUGGUACCAGCUCACAGCUAGCACGGGAGGCUGCAAGCUCUCCAGACAAUGCAGCAGUCUCAGCAUCAGAUAACACCAUGAUGGAAGCCGAGAACGACGAUGUUGACCCGGAAAUCCACGACGACAAUUCUGACGAUUACGACUAUAGCGAUUACGACUCUGACGAUUUCCGCACCUACACUGUGGGAUUCGCGUCGGACGAUGAGAGCGAUGACCACGUGUACGGACGAUCAAUGUACGACAACAACCCUCGAGUUGCGUACCCACGGCGCAGCGUAUGCGAAGGGCUGCCGUGUCCCAUCCUCCAUGCCAGUGUGCGAAGCGUCUACCUCCUACAGCCGCCCUCAAACCAAACGCCCACCGUGGGCUUCAACAAUGCGCUACAGCAGCUUGUUCCAGCAGAACACGGUUGGCUGAAUGCGUUUGAACGCCUCAACAUGCACUGUUAUAUCCCUGCGAUCGGGAUAGUUGUUCUAGCAUCACAAAAAGGCCGGGUGAUGAUCCUGUCGCUGUCCAGGUUUCUCAAACGUACGACAUUGCCGUCGUCGUUGUCGUCGUCGUCUCCCGUGACAAUGGGAGAGGAUUUCGCCAAGAAGGGUCAUAGCAUGUAUCAAGUGAGGAGGCAGACGGUGUAUGCAAUGCGCAUUGAGCACAUCUUGCCAUUCGAUGAACAAGAACAGCAAAUGCACAGACCAUUCCAGCCUCUACAUGGUAUCGCCACGUCUCCUGUGCAGCAAGGUACUGCACUGUUGCCUGAGGACCAGUGCCGGUGGCGUUUGAUGUUGAUGUAUGCUGAUCAUUCGAUUCUCAGCUACGAGAUCAGUAGAAAAGGGUCCCACGACUCGGCAGUCGAUAUUGGCAGUGUACUCGUCUGAUUCAACCUUUGGGCUGCCUGUUGUUUGGUAAUGCUUUGAACCACAACAUAGUUUGCGGAAAUCAUGGUAUUACACUGUGCAUAUACAGUCAAUAUAUAUAUAUUCUAGUCUCCUGUUCACCUAGAGCCACGCUCUAUAUCCGUCCGAUAUCCCCAAACGCCUCGCUCAAAACGGCAAUUCAUCCCAACCUAGUGUUCAAAACCCCUAACCCACCCCGCCUUCAAGGUCGUCUCCUUUCCACUCUUACACCCCAAUCGGCUGUUGCUGCUGCUGCUGCUGCUGUAAAAUCUGCUUCACAGUCUCCACCACACUCUCCCCCGCAGCAGCAGCGGCCGCUUGACUCGCGCCCCCCUCCUGCGCAACGGCCUCCACGGCCGUCCGAUUAAAAGCCGUCUGAUACGCCGUUUGCGCCCACUCGGACGCGACAUCUGCGGCGCGCGUGGCCGUACCGUAUAGUGUUCGUGAAGUCGCCAUGAGAGCGGCGUCGCCGGCGAAGUAGUAGUAUGUUCGUCGCGACAUGGUCAUGAUGUGAUUCGGGAGGUAGAUGACGCUGGCGAUGAGGAGGAGAGAGAAGGUUAGGAAGAGGAUGGAAUUAAAGACGAAUUUCUCGGUCGGAGUGAGCAUGUAGAGGGAAAAAGUGACUUCGUAUUGGUAGUUUUUCUUUUGUAACCAUUUUACGAAACCCGUGGGUUGGAAGAGGAGGAAGCCGGCUGUCAGGGCGAGAAGGGAGAGGCCGGCUGUGUAUUGCGUCGUGGAGUCGGAGAAGUCCAUGGUUGUAGUAGUGAUCAAUCCAAUCCAAUCAAUUCAGGUGAAGAAGAAGGAGGAUGAGGAGAAGGAGGUUUCGAGAUGCUGUGUGGUAUGGUGUGUAGGUGAUGGCGCGGCACUUCGCGAGGGUGUUGGUACGGCCGGCGCG